AUGGCGCCAGAUAGAGGGACAGGGGUAGCAACAGGCCCAUCGAAGCGGGCGGCCUCUCGAGCAUGGGACUCUCUCACGCCGUCUCUCUCAGAUUGGAUGCUUGACGCCAUAUCCUCAAUGAACUUCUCGCGAAUGACACCGGUACAAGCCUCCGCGAUUCCUCUGUUCAUGGGCCACAAGGACGUGGUAGUCGAGGCCGUGACAGGAAGUGGAAAGACAUUGGCAUUUCUCAUACCGAUUGUGGAAAGACUGCUGAGACUGGAGGAGCCGAUCAAGAAACACCAUGUGGGCGCCAUCAUCAUUUCGCCGACGCGCGAGUUGGCCUCACAGAUUUACAACGUCCUGAUCUCACUACUAGACUUUCAUGCGCCGUCGGCAGCAGCGCGGCGUAAAGCUUUGGGUUUGGAUGACAACGAGACGCACGCAAACGAAGAAGAGACACAGCCGCCGACGUUUCCCCCGUCCACACUCACGGUGAUCCCGCAACUACUCCUCGGCGGCGCCACCACACCAGCGCAGGAUCUAAGCACAUUCCUCAAAACCUCACCGAACCUCUUGGUCUCUACGCCCGGGCGACUCCUGGAGAUCCUAUCCUCGCCAUACGUACACUGUCCACAAUCAUCAUUCGAGGUGCUGGUCCUAGACGAAGCGGACCGAUUGCUCGACCUGGGGUUCAAAGAAGAUCUCACCAAGAUCCUCAGUCUGCUCCCGAAGCAGAGACGAACGGGUUUAUUCAGCGCCAGUGUCAGCGAAGCAGUCGACCAGAUCAUCCGCGUCGGCCUCCGAAACCCCGUCAAGAUCGCAGUCAAAGUAAAAGGCGCAAAUGGGGUCCAAGACAAGCGAACACCCGCAAGUCUCAAAAUGACCUAUUUAGUCACACCUGCAUCGCACAAAUUUCCCGCCCUGGUCUCCUUACUCAAGGGAUUAGACUCUUUACCUCUACGCACAAUCGUAUAUUUGUCGACCUGUGCCGCAGUGGACUACUUCCAGGCCCUGUUGCCCUCGAUUCUGCCCCCAGAUCUGGUCCUUGUAUCCUUACACGGCAAGCACCCCGCAAAUGUACGCCAGAAGAAUUUCAUCAAAUUCACCAACUCGGCCUCUCCCGCGCUCCUGCUCACCACCGACGUGGCCGCUCGCGGCUUGGAUAUUCCCACGGUCGAUUUGGUGGUGCAGAUCGACCCGCCCUCGGAUCCCAAGGCAUUUCUGCAUCGAUGCGGCCGAGCCGGUCGAGCCGGCAGACGAGGUCUAAGCGUGGUGUUUUUGCUUCCAGGUCGAGAAGAAGACUACGUCUCCUUUCUUGAAGUCCGGAAAACUCCCAUUGAACCGUUAGACCAACCGAGCAUCUCAGUAACACAUGAAGAUCGUAUGGCCACCGAGCAGGCGUUCCGAAAAGUCGUUCUCCAAGACCGACUACUGCAUGAAAAGGCCCAGAAGGCCUUCGUCAGCUGGGUCCGAAGCUAUUCCAAACAUCAGGCCUCGUCGAUAUUUCGUCUCGCCGAUAUCGACUGGUCCGACCACGCCGCAGCAUGGGCUCUGUUGAAAAUGCCAAAGAUGCCCGAACUGAAAACCUGGGAUCGGUCAACUUACAACCCGCCCACUGUCGACUGGGAUGCCUACGCUUACAAGGACAAACAACGGGAAAAACAGCGAAAAGAGGCUCUUAAAGGAGAGAAAGAUGCUAUGGCUGAUGGGAAAAAGGAGAACGCCACAACAACAAAUUCCAAAAAGCGCCCUUAUAGCUCUACUGUCGCUUGGUCCGACAAGCUGGAGCGAAAGGCAACAAAGGCCGUCAAACGCUCUCAGAAAGAAGCCAGGCGCGAGCACGAGCGCAAGGCCAAAAUGUCCGAGGCCGAAAGAGAGCGCGAGGCCGAAACGGCCAGAAUGGUGGAACAGAUUAGGGCACAGCAAUUGGCCGCCGCGCGCAGCAAAGACGAUGUUUUUGAAGGGUUUGGAUGA